AGUAUAACGACAAAACAUCGUAUUGUUCGGGCCGAUUAUGGGGUUUGUAGGGACCCUCUUUCAUAUGGCCCGAACAACACCAUGUUCUGUCCGUAUAAUAGUAGAGUGAAUUUUUCCUGUAGGUCAUGGAAACGGCAUUUUCUAUCAAUCACUAGAAAAAUUCACUCCGCUAUUAUAAGGACAAAACAUAGUGUUGUUCGGACCGAUUAUAUGGUUUGUAGGGUUCCUCUUUCAUAUGGCUCGAACAACAGUAUGUUUUGUCUGUAUAAUAGCGGAGUGAAUUUUUCCUGUGGUGGCCAGAAAAAGCUGAUUCCAUGAGCCACAGGAAAAAUUCACUCUACUAUUAUACGGACAGAACAUGGUGUUGUUCGGGCCAUAUGAAAGAGGGUCCCUACAAACCCCAUAAUCGGCCCGAACAAUACUAUGUUUUGUCCUUAUAAUAGUGGAGAAAACCUUUCCUGAUUCAUUUUUAUACCUAUACUUAAAAGUUAAAUAUCUCCCUCUAGGCAAGCCAUUAGCAGCUAAUAUUUUAACCCUGUUAGUUUCUCGGUGAGAGCUUUCAUUUGACCCGAAUAUGUGGCAUCUCCUUAAGUUACAGUACAAACACCUCCAUUGUCAGUAAAAUAGUCAAUACUCUUUAAUAGUAGGUGAUCAGAUUGAAUCCUUUUAAUCUUUUCUUAAUCUGAUUGAGACACCUAGUCGUAGUCUUAAUAUGAAGUUGAACUGCAUCUGAUAAUUGAAUAUAUUUCCUCGUGAAAUAAUUUUCUAUUUGAUUUUGCUUGAGAAUCUUUGAAAAUCUCAUGAAGUCUUUUGUCGCGAUGCUUAAAGUUAUUAAACUUUAUAAUUCUGUAGAGAUGACACUUUUUUUUAUAAAAUUUAAUAAUGAACUAGAUUGUCGCUAUGACCCAAAUGAAGCUAUAAGCAUUUUUCUAGGCACUACUUGUAAAGUAAACUACUCUGUCGUAAAAAUUCAAUUUUUUAGGAAAUAGAUCCCUUGUUCGUGGAUGUACGAGAACUCAAAAUGUACAUUUUGUACUGCAGAUUUUAUUCUAUCAGCUGAUAGAUAAAACAAACAUGUCAAACCUUUGUUUCGGAUUACAAUUCGGUAAUAUGCAAAAAAAAAACAUAAUACUUUUACCAAAACUAAUUUUUCAGGUCGUUUAGAAGAUUUUCUCAUUAUUGCCAUAUAAAAAAAAGCAACAGAAAGAAAAUUUCUUAGUUUAUUUUUACGAAAAGUGGAUAACUUAGACUUCAAUGACAAAGUAUUUAACCGUUAGACAUGGUUCCAUGAAAGGUGCUCCCCGGACAGAUUCGCCCGCGACAGUUGCUCCCCAGCGACAUUUGCUCUCGAGGCCCAGAUCAAGCCCAAAUCAAAACCGAAACUCACUCUUUGUCUUGCCCUCUCCCACACUUACAUCCCCAUCCACAUCUACGCCCUCACCCUCACUCAGACUUGCGCCUACACUCUAACCUAUUCAGGGAGCAAGUGUCGUUGGGGAGCAAGUGUCCGGGGAGCACCAUUCGUGUUACCAUUAGACAUAUCUAAUGAUUAGGAGGUUUUUUAUUACACUUGUUUUAUUGAGAAGAUAUAUUUUGAAUAAUGUUUAAUAUUCUGAUAUAUAUUUAUAGCGUGAAUUGGCACGUCAAACUCAAACGGUAAUAUCAAAUAUCUGUGAACAUGCGCACAAAACUGGAUUUCCAUUACUAAGAACAGUAGCUUGUGUUGGUGGUACAGCUAUGAAAGAUCAAUUAGAAACAAUAAAAAAUGGUGUACAUAUUAUUGUAGCAACACCUGGACGUUUAAUGGAUAUGCUUGAUAAGAAAUUACUCUUUUUGGAUGUUUGUCGAUAUUUAUGUUUGGAUGAAGCCGAUCGAAUGAUUGAUCUUGGUUUUGAAGAAGAUGUUCGAAAUAUAAUUUCACAUUUUAAAGCACAACGACAAACAUUAUUAUUUUCAGCUACAAUGCCAAAAAAAAUACAAAAUUUUGCUAAAAGUGCAUUAGUUAAACCAAUAACAAUUAAUGUUGGUCGAGCAGGUGCCGCCAGUUUGGAUGUUAAACAAGAAGUUGAAUAUGUUAUGCCAGAAGCACGAAUUAUGUCAUUAUUAUUAGCAUUACAAAAGACUCCACCACCGGUUUUGAUUUUUGCUCAACGAAAACAAGAUGUUGAUGCUAUUCAUGAAUAUUUAUUAUUGAAAGGUGUUGAAACAGUUGCAAUACAUGGUGGAAAAGGUAUAAUUAUGAGAUUUAUUAUUCUUUUUUUUUCCUACGAAAAUUUACUGAUCGAUAACGAUAGAAAAGAAAAUAGAAAUCAAAUAGCAGACACUGUUAUUCAAAAGCAUUACUGAACAGCAAGUUGAAUAGAACAUAAUAACGAGCAAAGAAUGUUGCAGGACGUAAGACCUGUAAGAUAUUCAAGGCAUAUAAUUGAUUGUAAAUUCAAUGAAGUUCCGGUCUAGUAGUGAAAUUCUUUUUUUACUAUCAAUAGUAGUCAGAAGAGUAUGUCAUACCAGUGAGUAGUACUUCAGUAGAAGGAUUGUUUAGCUAACGAGAGAAUCAUACCAGGUGAUACAUUGUGUAAGACAAGUUGAUAAUAUAAGAAGCCCAGAAUGGUUCUUCCUCAUGUGCUUACUUUUUUGUGUACUCAAAAAGUGAGUACACUCUAGAAUCGGUCAGUAUGUCCGUCCGGCUGUUAGCACGAUAACUUUUGAAAGGAGAGUCCAAUCGCGAUGAAAUUUUCUACACAGUUCAGUCUUAACAAUGUCUCGGUCGAGUUCGAAGAUGAGAAGAAUUGGCUGAACCAUUCAUGAGUUAUUGGAAAAAUACUCAUUUUUUCCUAUGGCUUCCUAUGCGAAAAUCGACCCAUCCCCGCUUUCGUAAAAAACUUUUCCUAUCAUACUCAAAUAAAACCCCAACUAUUAUUUACCAUUCGAUAGAGAAUUUUACGAGCUACAAAAUGGUAUAUAAAACAUAAAGAAACACGAAGGCUAACUCACCUAUUGCCAAGAUAAUCAGACGGAAAUAGGUUCUGUUUUCGUCCACGC